AUGAAACUUUUUCUUGCCUCUCUGUGUUUACUGGGAACAUUUGUACAUGUUUUGGCUAAAUGCACUGUCCCAGCAUCAGAGUUUCAGCUGGAAGGAGAUUAUUUGUUAGGUGGACUUUUUGACAUUCAUCAUGUCAGUGACCCUGUUCAUGAAAGACCAGAAGCCAUCAACUGCUCCAGUCAACCCUUCAUUCUGUCAAAUUAUCGAAGGCUUCAGUUGAUGAGAUUCUCUGUGGAGGAAAUCAAUAACUCCAACAACCUCCUGCCAAAUGUAUCCCUUGGCUAUGAGAUAUUUGAUCACUGCUCAGAUACACACAAUUUCCCAGGAAUAUUAAAACUCCUCUCAGUCAAUGGCUUGGUCCAACCUUGGGGUGAACCACACAAGAAUCUGUCCAAAGUCAUAGCACUGGUCGGCCCUUUUUCAAGCAGGGACACCCUGACUGUAUCCCAACUGUUUAUGGUGGAUCUUAUUCCGAUGGUUAGUUAUGGAGCUGCCUCCUCUGCCUUUUCAGAAAAAGUGAAAUUUCCCUCUUUCCUACGAACAGUUCAUUCCAAUAAAGACGUUAUUGAAGUGAUUGUUAAAAUCAUACUACACUUCAACUGGCGCUGGGUGGCUUUUCUCAACAGUGACAAUGCUUUUGGCAAAGAUGGGCUCGAAUUGUUCAUUAAAAGGAUUAAGAACACUGAGAUCUGCCUCGCAUAUGCCAAAGGUCUCAAAGACAAUACAAAUUACGUCCAAAUGUUAAAACACAUUGAGGAACAAAAGAUAUAUGUCGUUAUUGUUUUUGCUCCCAAACUGACUGCUGAAGCUCUAGUUCAGUCAGCAAUGCAAAUAAAUGUCACCAAGAAAGUGUGGAUAGCAGGGGACACCUGGUCCUUAAGCAAGAGGCUCCCCAAAGAGGAAGUAAUCACACGUAUUGGAACUGUACUUGGAGUAUCUCAGCCAGUAGUGACAAUUCCUGGUUUCAAUGAUUUUAUCCAGUCUCUCAAAAGCCAUUCUCACUGUGAAAAUUCAGAACAAAAUAUGUUUUGCAAUCAGGUAUGCAACUGCAGUAGCCUGAAUGAAGAGGAAAUCCUUGCUGUGGACUCAUCAUAUUCUUUCUCUGUUUAUUCUGCUGUAUAUGCCAUUGCUCAUGCCUUACACAAUGCCCUGCAAUGUGGGGUUGAUAAAUGUAAUGGGAAUAUUACAGUGUACCCAUAUACAGUUCUAGCAAUGCUGAAGAAGUCAAAUUUUACACUUUUAAACCACAGUAUUCAGUUUGAUGAGCACGGGGACCCCACAUUUGGAUCCUAUUCUAUAGUUUUCUGGAACCAAAGUGGUAAUGCAGAGGAAAUCGGCUUUUAUAAAUUUCACCCAUCAGUGGAUUUUUCUAUCAACGACAGCAAAAUUCAGUGGUACACAAAGGGAGAAGUGCCUACUUCACUGUGUUCCCCAGAAUGUCCUGCAGGACAUGCAAAAAAGCAAGAUGGGAUCCACAAAUGCUGCUUCAUUUGCAAAAUCUGCCCAAAUGGAACUUAUAUCAACAGCUCAGAGGAUCCCUACAAGUGUAUCAAGUGUAAGGAGACAGAAUGGUCUGCAGUAGGAAGUACAUCCUGCAGUCUGCGGGAGGUGGAGUACAUCCCAUUCACAGACAUUGGGGCUAUACUGAUCAUGGUCGGGGCCUGUGCGUUGGUGGGCCUCUCACUAGCCAUGUCCGCUCUGUUUGCCAUCAACUACAACACACCUGUUGUCAGAUCUGCUGGGGGACCAAUGUGCUUCUUAAUUUUAGGCUGCCUCAGUCUGUGUAGUCUUAGUGUGUUCUUUCACUUUGGUAAGCCAACAACUUCAUCUUGUAUCUUUAUGUUCUUACCAUUUCUCUUGUUCUACACAGUUUGUCUAGCAUGCUUUGUUGUGCGCUCUUUUCAGAUUGUUUGCAUUUUUAAAAUAGCUGCCAAGUUUCCCAAGAUCCACAGCUGGUGGAUGAAAUAUCAUGGACAAUGGCUGAUCAUCUCUGUGGCAUUUGUUACUCAGGCACUCUUACUUAUUAUUGUCUAUACUUAUGCAACCCCCAAACCCUACAAUGAAACAUUUUGGUACCCAGACAAAAUCAUUCUUGGUUGUGACAUUAGUGUCAAAGCAUCCUCAGGUCCUGUGGUUUUACUUCUAUCUUUGUGUUUCCUUUGCUUUAUUUUCUCCUACAUGGGAAAAGACCUUCCAAAAAAUUACAAUGAGGCCAAAGCAAUAACCUUCUGCCUGCUCCUGCUGAUCCUCACCUGGAUCAUCUUUGCCACUGAAUAUGUACUCUACCGUGGCAAGUACAUCCAAACACUUAGCGCUCUAGCAGUACUCUCCAGUCUCUUCUCCUUUCUGUUGUGGUAUUUCCUCCCAAAAUGUUACAUUAUCAUUUUUCAACCCCACAGAAACACACAGGAAUACUUUCAAGGUCUCAUUCAGAGUUAUACCAAAACAAUCAGCCAGUAG